AUGAACCUCACCGAACUUCCCAGCGAGCUUGUCGGCCACAUAUGCCAAUAUCUUGACACCGCGAGCCUUCAAAACAUCUCUCUGGCUGACAAAUCGUGUCAUUCGUCAGCUGUGCCAGCAUUGUUCAAGGCUAUUUCUAUUGAACCACAGCAUGCUCUCCAUGUUAGGCAGCUCCUACACGGAAAAGGCUAUCUCAAGCAUGUCCGGACUCUCGAAGUCAAGACCGGACUGCCAUCGACAAUACGCUAUGAUCAGGAGACAUUCCCAGAUCCAGAGUUCCUAUACAGAUUCAAGGCCGAUAUGCAGCGCUCAUGGGAUGUGCGCGCUCAAGAUUCUUCCUGGCGGCCGGUAGCGGACCUAUUGGAAAUGCUCCCUGGUGUAAGAGAUUUGAUCUGGACGUGUCCACAGCAAUUUCCACCUUGUCUACUACGCUCACUUCACGAACAUGAGCCUCUUUCUUCGUGUCGUCUCCACCUCCGAACCUUUAGCUUGCGCAGCUUUGAAACGCAUCUCGAAGAAAUCGCCGACCCGCAUGAACUGAUGUUAGUUCAAUCUCCUAAUCUGUACAGUAUCUGGUUCAACUACUGCAUCGCCGACACCUGGAACAAUAAGCAUCAUUUGCCCGAGGCUGUGUCUCGUAGCGUACAAGGGCUGGCUCAAAAUCUGCGUCAAGUCCGGUUAUCCGAAGAUAUGAUGGGAGCGGAGCCAGAUUACUCAAGAUAUGCCCACCUGAUACGACCCUUGGAGUCUGCCACAUCAAAGCUCUCUCAUCGAAAAGGUCGUCUCGAAAGCCUCCAGUUCGUAGGAGCGGCUCAAGACCUGACUGUGGCAAAGGUAGAGGAAUGGGGCAAAUGCACGGACUUCAGCGUAAUGAAGAAGCUGAUGUUUGACUGCAACGUACAACCAGCUGUACUUAAUAGUCUCGCAGGAAGUCAUUUCUCGAACCUGACGGCCUUGGCCUUGGAGCUCACGAUCGAAUCGAGCGACUCUGACUAUCUUAGACGUCCCCUUGAUGACUCUUCAAGGCCAGGCAGAGAGUUCCUUUGCAGCCUAAUGCCCUUGAAAGAACUCAAGUUAGCUGGCGAAAUGAUUUACGACUACUUCCGAGAUGUAAUUCAGCAUCACGGCCGGGCAUUAUGCACACUGCACGUCGAACCGCGAGGAUUUAGCCCUUCUCGACUAUCUCUUCCACCAGAGGAGGUGUCUUGGAUCGCAUCUCACUGCUGUAUUCUCGAAAGCCUGCGUCUUACAAUGCAUCGUUGUAAGGGGAAUAAAUCGGAGGUCGCUGCCUACCUAUCGAUUAGCAAGAUCCAGACACUUCAGUCCCUGGCUCUUACGCUCGAUGCUUCGGACUAUCUCUCCAUGCGUGGUCCUGGUCAAAAAUCGGAAGGCUACAUGGCAAGACCUGGAGCACACUUUGACGACUUCGGCAGAGAGAACGCCGACUUCGAAGAGUAUAACGCCUCUCAAGAUCCCCGCAAAGGUCAUAUUUUGGAUAUGUUCAUUAACGCAGCACUUGAUGAAAGGCUCGCUCGGUCAAUAUAUUCGCUGUUAAUCGAUAACAGACCUCCUCGAGCCCUUGAUCUACAUGCUGUGGAGCUUCAGUCUGACGGAUGUGGCGACUUUGGAACAGUUUUUACACCUCCGGCGAUUGCCAUCGUCGCAAAUGAGAUUCAGCAUAGAUGGCUUUUCCAGCGAACGUAUGCGCUCACCUCAGAGCAUACCGCUCCAAAAAUCAGCGAGCGCGAACACACGAAUUAUCUUCGCACUUGGGACGUGAACACAGACUUUGGCCAAGGCUUGGGGGAGACUACAAUCGAGCCGAGAGAUAGAUUGGAUCCAAGGGUAGAAUCGAUGUUUCGGCAUCUGUGGCCCAGCAAGGCUGAUGAUAGCCUCUGGCAUGAGGAUUGGCAUAGCUUCGACUUGUACAGGUCGAUUGACUAG